CGUCUCUGCUGUCACUCAGACCACUCCCUCUCUCAGUGAGAACGGAAGAGCCGCGGUCUAGUCUUUACUUGUCCUCCGCUGACAUCAGACCUUGUUGUUUUUACUCUAAUCUCAGGACUAUGCGCUCUGCACAGAAUGGCGGAUCCCAACGCGCUUGACGAACUCCAGUCGGAGCUGACCUGCCCGGUGUGUUUGGAGCUGUUCCGGGACCCGGUGAUCCUCGACUGCGGACACCACUUCUGCCAGGUGUGCAUCAUCCAGUGCUGGGAGGCCAAGGCGGACGAUCAGUCGAGCUGUCCCAAGUGCAGAAAGUCGUGCUCGCGCAAGCUGCGGCCCAACUCGCUCCUGUGCAACGUCGUGGACAGUGUGCGCAGAGCCAGCGUCAUGGACACGGCCGCGGGGAUCCCCGGGUGGGACCAGGAGGGCGCCCUGGAGGAGCCGGAGGAGCGGGAGCCCGGGUCCAGCAUGAGCAGCGUGGCCUCCUCCAUCGGGCACUGGCCGCGGCUGGGCAUGGAUAUGUGCGAGGAGCAUGAGGAGAAGCUGAAGCUGUACUGCGAGGACGACCAGCUCCCCAUCUGCCUGGUGUGCGGCAUGUCCCGGGACCACAAGACCCACAAUGUCAUCCCCAUUACUGAGGCCUUCGAAAACUACAAGGAUAAACUGUCUGUGGCUCUGGAGAGUGUCCAGCUACAGACAGAGGAGGCCACGCUCUUCCAACAACAGACCAAUGAAAAGAUCCUCAUCAUAAAGGAGUGCGCGUCAGAUCUGGAGGACCUGGUCUCUGCGGAGUUUGGCCGCCUCAGGGAGUUUCUCCUGGAGGAGGAGGAGCACAUAAAGGAGAAGCUGCAGAAGCAGAAAGAGGAGAAGCUCAGCCAGUUGGAGGAGGCGCUCACGCAAGCGACGGAGCAAAUCAGCGAGCUGGAGAGCACGGCCGAUCAGCUUCGUGUCAAACUGACGGAGGAGGAGAGCCCAGAGCAGCUCAAGGGAAUCAAAGAUUUCAUUGGAGGGGCUGAGAGUUUGUUUGAGCGCCCUCCAGAGGUGGGUGUGGAUCUGCAGUCAGGAGAGUUUCUGGGUCCUCUGCAGUACAGGACCUGGAGGAAGAUGAGCUCCAUUUUUCGGCCAGCAGUCGCAGCGGUGACCCUCAACCCGGACACAGCCUACCCCUGCUUGUGGGUUUCCUCGUGUUGCACCAAAGUCCAGGUGGGCAAGAUCCAGCCCAACCUGCCCAACAACCCGGAGCGCUUCACCCGCUACAACAUCGUCCUGGGCUCCGAAGCCUUCUCCACUGGCAGACACUACUGGGAGGUGGAGGUGGGGCCCAAGACUGCGUGGGGCCUCGGUGUGGCCACCGCCUCGGUCAACAGGAAGGAGGAGAUCAGCCUCUGCCCCGACGACGGGUUCUGGACCCUCGUGCUGAGGGACAACGGUGACGGCACCAGUGAGUACGAAGCGUGCACCGACUCAGAGGACAGCUUGUUGUACCCCUCCAAACCCCCCAGGAGGGUGGGGGUCUAUCUGGACUACGGUCGAGGUGAAGUGGCGUUUUACGACGCGGAAGACAUGAGCCACCUCUUCACCUUCUAUGAUGCCAAAUUCAGCGAGCCGGUUUUUCCAUAUUUUAACCCCUGGCCGAUUAUCAACGGAUACAAUUGGGAGCCUCUCACUAUAGUAACGCCUCACUGGAAAUAACACUCUUUUCUAUCAUAGGACCCAACAGACUCAGAAUGACAAUGCAAAAAGAGAUACAGCAGCAGAUGAAGUCAGAUGGACUUUCACACAUCUGCCUUGUUAUAAAGAUUCAGCUGAACGAAUGAUGUUGUGAUGAUUAACAUGCAGGUGAUUGUGUUACUAUGAUUAAGAUGGAACUAGUUAAAGAUGAGACAAAUGAGGACAUGGCUGGAAAUAUUCAUCAGUUUCUUAUUCUCGACAAGUUCCGAUGAAAUGAUGACAAAGCAACAAUGAAUUUAUUCAACAUGGAAACAAAACCUGAUGUAGCUCAUUCCCCUGUUCCUUAGACCUAUUUAUAACCUCACCCUUGAGAGUGAGCCACACUACUGCUCUGGGUCUCGCUAGCACACACACACACACACACACACACAUACGCACACACACACACACACACACACACACGCAUACACACACAUACACACUCACACACACACACACGUUGUUUUAUUUUCAGAAAAUCCCCCUCACACUCUGCUGCUGCCAUAAAUACUCACUAAAGCACCAAAUGUGUAUUAAUCCACAGAUGAAAAUAGUCCUAAACAAGGAACUUGUUUACAAUAAGAAACUAUUUCCACUUAUUAUUUUUCCUUUAAUGUUUUUUGUUGGUCCUGAAUUUGGAAAAUAUGUGACAUGUGUUUUCAUUUUAACAAUCUAAUCAAAGAUUUUCCUGAUAGAGUUUUGGCAGAAAGCCUUUUUCAUUGUAUAUUAAUGAAUUUUGCUAAAAUAUCUUACUGCAUGUUUUUUCAAAUAACAUAACAACAUCAUAUCUUAUUGCUCUUUUUAUAUAUCUUGUGUUAUACUUGUUAUUACGUGUACACCUAAAGCAAUGUUGUGUAUCGCAGAUUUAUACAAAUUCUGACUUUACAUCCUUUCCAUUGACACCUCUGACCUCUUAGCCAGUCACACGUGUCCAACACUACACCUCUAACGUGUCAUUUACAGAUACGUUUUUUACCUAAGGGUUUAAUAAAGUGAUUAAAUGUC